CUGAAAGGGGAUAUUUUCAUUUGAUUUUCAACGUUCGUUCUUACCGCGUCCAGAGUUCGAUAAGAUUGGGAAGCCUUGCAGGGACGAGGGCUCUGACCUUAAAUGAACUGGAGAACCGCUCCUUUUUUGGUCGCUCUUGAUUCAAUCUCUAAGGACAUCUCCUGAGGCUGAGUUCAGUCGCGUAUUAUGGAGCGUGGUACCUGAAAAAUACUUAACUGUCGAGCUGAUCUUUUAAGUUCAUCCUUAUUCAAUUGCCUUUCUUUCAUUCUUUCGACAUGUUACUGGUCGCGCGCCUCUUGGCGCUUUUAGCUUUCCUGGAAUGCUGCACAGCAUUGGUCAAUCGCCCAAAUUACGCCCAAAUUAAGUUGGAUACCCAAACUCUGCAAUCUUCGACAAUCGAGAAGCGUGACUCGUUACCGGCAGGAUAUGUUGCUGCUCCAUAUUAUCCAACACCGAAAGGAGGAUGGGUUUCCAAUUGGACGGCAGCCUAUGAGAAGGCGAAGGUAGUCGUUGCGAAUAUGACUCUAGCAGAGAAAGUCAAUUUGACCACUGGAACAGGCGAAUUGAUGGGACCAUGUGUUGGCAAUACUGGAUCAGCUCUGAGGUUCGGCAUCCCAAACCUCUGUCUACAGGACUCUGCACUCGGUGUUGCCGAUACCGAUAACAUCACAGCUUUCCCAGCUGGAGUGACCGUUGGUGCCACAUGGAACAAAGCUCUAGCUUAUGCGAGAGGUUAUGCUUUGGGUGAAGAAGCACGAGGAAAAGGUGUCAAUAUUCAACUCGGCCCGGUAGUUGGCCCAAUUGGACGAAAACCAAGAGGGGGGCGUGGCUGGGAAGGAUUUGGGACUGACCCAGUUCUUCAAGCUAUUGGUGCAUCGGAAUCGAUCAAAGGUAUCCAGGCCAACGGCGUCAUCGCGACAAUCAAGCACUUCAUUGGCAAUGAACAGGAAGCUUAUAGAAUGGACAUCAUUCCUCAUGGGCUCAUGAGAGCUUAUUCUUCAAAUAUCGAUGAUCGAACACUCCAUGAACUUUAUGCUUGGCCAUUUGCGGAAGCUAUCAGAUCAGGAGUGGGAGCCGUAAUGACUUCUUACAACGAAGUAAAUGGAAGUGCUGCGAGUCAAAAUAGCUACAUGAUCAAUGGUUUGCUGAAGGAUGAGAUGGGUUUCCAGGGACUCGUUAUGACUGAUUGGCUUGCCCAGAUCGGUGGGGUCAGCAGCGCUCUGGCUGGCCUUGACAUGGCAAUGCCAGGUGAUGGAGAUAUUCCAUUUUUAGGGCUGGCUUACUGGGCAUAUGAGUUAUCGACCAGCAUCUUGAACGGAACGGUUCCCGUUGAUCGCCUGAACGACAUGGCAACUCGUAUUGUUGCGACCUGGUACCAGAUGGGACAGGACCAAGAUUACCCGCUACCAAACUUCUCUGCAAAUACUGCAGAUCCUACUGGCCUGUGCUACCCGGCGGCUCUAUUUUCUCCUACUUGUGUUACCAACGAAUAUGUCGAUGUCCAGGCAGAUCAUGCUGUUGUAGCACGAAAUGUCUCUAGAGAAGCGAUCACGAUGUUGAAAAAUGUCAACAACACUCUCCCGCUGUCGACUUCAGCGUCCCUGAAAAUCUUUGGCACAGAUGCUGAGGCAAAUCCUAAUGGUGUCAACUCUUGCAAUGAGCGAGCAUGUGAUGAGGGGACUCUUGGCAUGGGAUGGGGAAGUGGUACCGCAAACUAUCCUUCCUUUGACGCUCCUAUCGAUGCUAUCAAACGGAAAGCUGCAAACGUCACUUACUAUGCCACGGACACUUUCCCUUCCAGCGCCACAGUUGUGGCUGGAGACAUCGCUAUUGUCUUCAUCAACAGUGACUCUGGAGAGAAUCAAGACACAGUCGAAGGAAAUGAUGGCGAUCGAUCAUCUAGCGGUCUGUACGCAUGGCAUGGUGGAGAUGCUCUUGUCGAGGCAGCAGCAGCCAAAUACUCGACAGUGGUUGUAGUUGUUCAUACAGUUGGUCCUAUCCUGGUCGAAAACUGGAUCGCUCUCCCAUCCGUCAAAGCCGUGCUCUUUGCGUACCUUCCAGGUCAAGAAGCCGGUGAUUCCUUGACUGAUAUCCUUUUUGGAGAUUACUCACCCAGUGGUCACCUACCAUGGUCUAUUCCCGUGGCAGAGGACGACUACCCAGCUUCUCUAUCACUUCUAGGCUUCGAACUCUUCCAAGUCCAGGACACGUACUCCGAAGGCCUGUACAUCGACUACCGCUACUUGAACAAGAACAACAUCUCAUCCCGUUUCCCGUUCGGGCACGGUCUAUCUUACACAAAUUUCUCUCUCACCAGCGCAACAAUCACAGCCGUAACGCCUCUCUCCUCCCUCCCACCCGCACGUUCGCCAAAACCAACUUCCACAAUCCCAACUUACAGUACCGCCAUCCCGCCUGCAUCCGAAGUCGCUUACCCAGCGGGCUUCAACGCAAUCUGGCGAUACCUCUACCCCUACCUCGACGACCCAUCCUCCAUCACCGCAACAGGGACAUUCGACUACCCAACUGGCUACACUAACGUCUCGCAACCCGACCCCCCAGCCGGUGGCUCCCAAGGCGGCAACCCCGCGCUCUGGGACACCAUGUACACCUUCUCGGUCAACGUAACCAACACCGGUUCCUACGCCGGGAAACAAACCGUGAUGCUCUUCGUGCAGUACCCCUCCGACUCCGCAUGGGAUACACCCAUCAUCCAGCUCCGAGACUUUGAGAAGACGGACGAGCUCGCGAUAGGAGCGAGCGAGACGGUGAGUCUGAGUGUUACGAGGAAGGAUCUUAGUAUCUGGGAUGUGGUGCAGCAGAAUUGGGUUAUUCCUGUUAGUUCGACGGAGCCGUUUUUGUUUUGGAUUGGGAGUAGUUCAGGGAACUUGACGUUGGCGUGUGAGAGUCUGAGUGGGGAGUGUACGGAUGGGAGGGCGAGUCCUGUGGUUUGAGAUGCGUUGAGGUUGGAAAGUCAAAAGGAUGUACUGUUGAGGUAAUGAAUAUAUAGGUAAUGAGCAU